AUGGCUUUCACUCCCCAUACCGAUUCGGAAGGUCCCCGCGGCCGUACCGGCCGCCCUGAAAGCCGCGAUGAAAGCCGCCCUGAGAGUCGCGCUGAGACUCCCAGCCGCACUGUGACCCCCACCUCCGUACACUCGUCUCGUUCUCGUCGCAGCACCGUCUCCCGCGUACACUUUGAAGAGCCCGAUAUGUGUAACCCACUGGCUUCUCCUCGUUCUGACGUGACUGUCACUGCAGUCCCGGUGCCUGUGCCUGUCCAGUCGUCCAACCCUAGGGUUGGUUUGCCUUCGUCGAGUGUUGCAGAGAGCUCGCAGUCCGUGGAGCAGUUGCCUGAUUCUUCAGAAGACAAACGCAACGCGUUCGCCCACCGCAAAACAAACCCUUCUGUUUCCCCCCACCCUCCCCCUCGCUCUUCACUUCGUUCUUCUCUCCGUUCUACCCUCCGUUCUUCUUCCAUCCCUCCUGUACCCCCCAUUCCUGUAUCCAUCCUGAAAAACCGACCAAGCAACAUCACCCUCACUCAAGUCAAACCUCGCUCCCUGUCAGCUCCUCCAUCUCCACCCAAGAUGGAUGAAAGUUCCAAUGUUCCGGAGGGCAACAACAAGCCACUCCCCGUGUCUCCGUCUGGUAGAUUCAACCCCCAGACUCCCAGCCCUCGUACUCCCAGCUUCAGAAAUGAUGGCAUGUACCGUCCAAGCGCCAGUCCUAUGGAGGGCCCAAGCGGUGUCAGUCCUACGACUCAGCGAUCCAGCUUGACUGUCAAGGAUCUUCCCGAGGCUGUUCGAUCCCUUCAGUACCGUUAUGAGACAGACAUCUUCCGACUGUCCAAGAAGUUCGACGACCUCAACAAGCUCGAACAAAAGGUUGAUGACUUUGUGACCGUGACCCGUGACUACUUCAAGGACCAAAUGGAUGCUCAGCUUGAGCGCCAGUCCGAAUUGACCUUCGAGCUUGCCCAGGCACGGGCUGACGCGAGUGGCACCAAGGAGCAGGUUGCCGAGCUCAUGAAAGAGCUCAAGGAGAUUAAGGAGGAGAUUCCGGAGAUGAGAACCGAAAUCAACGAGCUCACCUCCUCCUUCAACGACCUGGCCGCCAAGGUCGACAUGUGUCUCACUGGAAUUUGGGACAACACCGAGGAGCCGUUCGUGGCGUACCAGCGGCGGAAGAACAGAGAGCUGGAUGAAGACAUCCAAGACAUCGGGUCUCAGACGGAAGACCAAAACCGCCAGAUCACCUUCCUCCGUCGAAUGUUCAUCCAGGUCCAGAUGGCAUUUGACGUCUUGCGACAUGAGCACGGCAUUCAACUUUCCGAGGACGUAAAGAAGAUCCUUCCUCCCAACCCCCUGCCAGCACACGACGCCGUCCCCGCCACUGGCACCGUGCGAAGUCUCGCCUCGUUUGGCUCUGGCGCAAACCCGCCAGCAAAGACCGACGCCGCAGCAAAGGCCGGUCCCUCCACCCAGACCGCUCCGCCAGCAAAGGCGACCCCUGCAUCAACCACGGCGCCUGCAUCAGCCAGUGCGUCCGCAACAGUCACGCCGCCGGGAUCUUCCACGGCAAAGCAGAGUUCGAUCCCCCGCCGAUCCAAGAAGAAGAGCUCGAAGAAGAACUCCGGCUCUUCCGCUGCGAAAGAGACCUCCACCGCCAAGACCGAGGAGGUCCCCGCCGUUCCCACCCUUCCCGAGGGGAUUCGUGUCCCCCGGGAUGCCGUCCGCGAGGCCCCCGUCCCCCUCGCCGAUAUUCAUCCACUGUUCCGACCUCAAUUCAAUGAGGUGAACGCCCCCGGGAUCCCUACCGCAGGUGUCCUGACCGCGGAACCUUCGGGCCGCGUGUCCCCCGUUGAGGCUGGCAAGGAUGCGGCUCGCAAGUAA